UGAUUGAAAUGGCGUCAGCCAGGCUUCUCGGGUGGGCUCUCUGCACCGCGACUCUCCUCAACUCUGCGGUUGUCUUCAUCUCCGGCGCGGACUUUAUUCGGUUUAUAUCAUUUCGAACCAUCUACCACAACAUCACCGGCGACACGGCGAUAUGUCAAGACUCCACGCCGUGGGCGGUGGCCCUGCAGGACAGCUCUGUCCUCGGGUCUCUGUUUGUGGAUCUGGGGCUGCUGGCUCUCUUUAUUGUGCAGCACAGUCUGCUCGCCUGGUCACCCGUCAAACAGGCCCUCCAGUCAGUGCUGGGGGCCCUGAACAGGACGGCUUACUGCUUCACCACGGCACUUGCACUCCAGAUCAUCAUGCGUUACUGGCAGCCAGUGACUGGCGCUCCUUGUCUGUGGUCCGUGCGUCAGCCACCAUGGAGUAUCUGGUUCCCUCUGCUCUGCUUCAGUCUGCAUUUCCUCUGCUGGGCAAUCAUCUGCAGCAUCCUCAUGAUCUUUGAUUAUCCAGAACUGUUGGGCAUUAAGCAGGUGUACUACUCUUGUCUCGGUUUGGGGGACCCUCUGUCUCACAAGUCGCCUCGCGCCCAGCGCCUCCUGUCUCACCUCCGCCACCCGGUGUGCCUUGAGCUCGGCGUCGUGCUGUGGCUCCUGCCGGCCAUGUCCCUGGACAGGCUCCUGCUGGCGGCGACUCUGUCGACCUACCUGGCACUGGCACACUCUCUGGACAAACAGGAUUUGGCCUACCUCUGCGUCCAGCUUAACCACAAGCUGCAGCUCUUUGCCGACACCAGCGACCACAAGGAGGAGUGAAGUGGAGGUCCUGGUGCUGCUCUGAUGGGAAGCUUAAAGCUAACUGCUGUCUUCAUUUAAACAGAACUGUUACAAAGUGGAGUUCUCACUAAACCUGAUAAGUUGCUCUGGUCAUUUUCUGCUAAAGGCAAAUGACCCCUGGACUUACAUUUAGAAACAAAGAUUAUUUUAUAUAAAUGGAAUAAAGGUUUUAUGUUUAAAAGUUUUAUCAUGUGUGCAAAUAUGUAACAUUUUGCAAAAAUAUGUGCCAACCGUAUACGCUGUAUUUCUAUGAACAAUUGAGUAAGAUGGUCACACAGUAAAACUGAAUUCAUCUUGUUUUUUAAAAUAUUUUUCAGCUUAAUUAAUAUAGUUGCUUUAUUCUGUGUUGGGGACAAACGUUUGGUCAAGUUCAUACAAGUGAAUAAAGUUCUCAAACUUCAAAAGUACGCAUGAAUGUGCAUGUGCCGUUACUGUAAUAAAAUAUAAUCAUUAUUUUAGAAUUAUUUAUUUUUAUUAUCAUAAAAUUAUAUAUAAAUUUCAUGUUGAAUGAAUAGUUGUAAUAAACUGCAUGUAGUGUG